AUGAUAUUUUCUCUUUUAAAAAAGGAAAGUUUGUGAUAUAAGUUUGUAAGCUUUUAUUUGGCCAAGAAUGGCUUAGCAUCUGCAAAAAUCAAACACAAAGCUAUUCUCUUAUAACACUCCAACAAAAGAAGAACCUGAGUACCAUGGCCCACCAGCACCACUACCUCAACCACCACUACCAUCUCCUCCACCACCAGUAACCGGACAAGAGAGGAAACCAAUUCAUGCCCUAGAUUUAGAAUCCUUUUGUGACAAGAUCUACACUCUUCGCAUUUCACUUAUACAUACACUUCUAUAUAUAUGUAUGUGUAUCAACCUUCUGUAAAUCAUUACUUGUGCGUUUAGAGGUGAAAAGAAAGAAAAAUUUCUGUUGUUUUUUUUUUGUUUCUUGAGAGAAAGAGAAGAGAGAAAACUUAAGGAUGGGAAGAGGGAAAGUUGAGUUGAAGAGGAUAGAGAACAAGAUCAACAGGCAAGUUACUUUUGCAAAGAGAAGGAAUGGUUUGCUUAAGAAGGCUUAUGAGCUUUCUGUGCUUUGUGAUGCUGAGAUUGCUCUUCUCAUUUUCUCUAACCGUGGCAAGCUCUACGAAUUCUGCAGCAGCCCUAGUGGUAUGGCCAAGAUGGUUGAGAAGUAUAGAAAACAUAGUUAUGCAACAAUGGAUCCAAAUCAAUCAGCUAAAGACUUGCAGGAGAGGUACCAAGACUACUUGAAUCUCAAAUCAAGAGUUGAAGUCCUUCAACAUUCACAAAGGCAUUUGCUAGGUGAAGAGAUAGCCGGGAUAGGAGUGGAUGAGCUUGAGCAGCUAGAAUGUCAAGUAGAUACAUCACUAAGGCAAAUAAGAUCCACAAAGGCCCGGUCGAUGCUUGAUCAACUAUCUGACCUCAAAAGCAAGGAGGAAAUGUUACUGGAAACCAACAGAGAUCUUAAGAGAAAGUUGGAGGAAAGUGAUGCAGCCCUUAAUCAAACACUAUGGGGAGCUUCAUCUUCUGCGGAACAUUCCCAACAACAACAAGAAGGCAUGACUUCUUAUCAUGCGAACCCUCUUAGUCAAGAAGUGGGUUUCUUUAGGCCUUUACAGGGCAAUGUAGCAUUGCAGAUGAGUCAUUACAAUCCUGGUGUGCCAAAUGCAAGCAACUCUGCAACAACAUCACAGAAUGUUAUUAAUGGGUUCUUCCCUGGAUGGAUGGUCUGAAGAAAACACAUAUCAAUGUAUACGUAUGUGUGUUUUAUAGAUCACAUAUCAUUGCUUGUACCAUUUUGUGUUUUUGCAAGAGAACAAUAGUUCAUGAUUACAAACACUGUUAUAUAAUCAAGAGCUGUAAUGUCA